CCCCCUCGCGCGCCCGCCCGCCCGCCCGCUCGCCCGCUCGCUCUUUCUGCCUAUAUAGGAUGUGCCGCGGCAUGGUUGGCUCCUUGCGGUGAAGCGCACACAGGCGCGUGCGGCUCGCCUUCCCUUGCCUGGCUUUGCAGCAGGAGCGGCUGGGUCUCUUUCCCUUCCUUGAGCAGAGGAGAGCCUUUGCUAGCUGGUGCCGCCGCCCGAUCCGAUCUCCUCGCCUCUUCUCCUUCUCCAGCUGCCCUCUUUUCUUCCCUUCCCUCCGGAGGAAAAGCCUCGAUGUGCUGCCGCCCAUGGCAGGGGCACAGCCAGGGGUCCACGCUCUCCAGCUGCAGCCGGUCCGCGUCUCCGCCAGCCUCAAGAAGGGCACCGCCUUCCUCAAGUGGGACGAUGACUCUACCAGUGUGACAUCUGUUUUUCUCCGAACAGACCCCAAUGGAUUUUUCUUGUAUUGGACUGACCAAAAUAAAGUGCAGGAAUCAGAGCUGUUAGAUAUCAGCCUUGUCAAAGAUGCUCGAUGUGGGAAACAUGCCCGAGCCCCCAAGGAUCCAAAAGUACGCGAACAUCUGGAUGCAGGGAACAUAGGAGGACGUCUGGAACACCGAAUGCUCACAAUUGUUUAUGGGCCCGACUUGGUCAAUAUAUCAUACUUGAACUUAGUAGCAGCUCAGGAAGACAUUGCAAAGGAAUGGUCAGAGGAAAUCUUCAAUCUGGCAACCAACCUGCUGGCACAGAACAUGUCAAGGGAUGCUUUGCUGGAAAAAGCAUACACAAAACUUAAAUUGCAAGUGACUACAGAGGGACGUAUUCCUUUGAAGAACAUUUAUCGUUUGUUCUCCUCGGACCGAAAGCGUGUUGAGACUGCAUUGGAAGCUUGUAAUCUUCCCUCUGCCAGGAACGAUUUCAUUCCUCAAGAUGACUUCACCCCAGAAAUGUACCGAGAAUUCCUGAGCAACCUGUGCCCUCGGCCUGAGAUCGACCACAUCUUCCAAGAGCUCGGUGCCAAGACCAGGCCAUAUCUUACUGUUGACCAGAUGAUGGAAUUUAUAAACCUGAAGCAACGAGACCCACGAUUAAAUGAGAUUCUUUAUCCACCACUGAAGCAGGAACAAGUUCAGCAGCUGAUUGAAAAAUAUGAACCCAAUAACGCUUUGGCGAAGAAAGGGCAGAUAUCAGUGGAUGGAUUUAUGAGAUAUUUAAGUGGAGAGGAAAAUGGAGUGGUUCCACCUGAAAAACUGGAUGUGAAUGAAGAUAUGGCCCAGCCUCUGUCUCAUUAUUUUAUCAAUUCCUCACACAACACCUACCUCACAGCUGGACAGCUGGCUGGUAACUCAUCUGUCGAGAUGUAUCGCCAAGUACUUUUGUCCGGCUGCCGCUGUGUUGAGCUGGAUUGCUGGAAAGGCCGAACAGCUGAAGAAGAACCGGUCAUUACACAUGGAUUCACUAUGACAACUGAAAUCUCCUUCAAGGAAGUAAUAGAAGCUAUCGCUGAAUGUGCAUUUAAAACAUCUCCUUAUCCCAUCCUCCUCUCAUUUGAAAACCACGUGGAUUCCCCCAAACAGCAGGCAAAAAUGGCAGAAUAUUGCAGAUUAAUAUUUGGUGAUGCUUUGCUGAUGGAGCCCUUGGAAAAAUACCCACUCGAACGUGGUGUUCCUCUUCCAAGCCCAGCAGACCUAAUGGGCAAGAUUCUGGUGAAGAAUAAAAAGAAGUCCCACAAGUCUGCAGAUGGAGCCGCAAAGAAGAAACUUGCUGAACAAGCUUCAAAUACAUGCAGUGAUGCAUCCAGUGGGUUUGAACCUUCCUCUCCUGGAGCAGGGGAAGCAGAGAUUGAAAGUGAUGAUGAUGACGAUGACGACGAUGACUGCAAAAAAUCAAUGGAGGAAGGGACAGCCGGAAGUGAAGCUAUGGCUACCGAGGAAAUGUCCAACCUGGUGAAUUAUAUACAGCCUGUGAAGUUUGAGUCAUUUGAGAUUUCUCAAAAACGGAACAAGAGUUUUGAAAUGUCUUCCUUUGUGGAAACCAAAGCACUUGAGCAGCUCACAAAAUCUCCUGUCGAGUUUGUGGAGUAUAAUAAAAUGCAGCUGAGCCGGAUUUAUCCAAAAGGGACACGUGUUGAUUCCUCAAAUUACAUGCCUCAGCUCUUCUGGAAUGCAGGCUGUCAAAUGGUUGCUCUGAACUUCCAAACUGUAGAUCUGUCUAUGCAAAUAAAUAUGGGGAUGUAUGAAUAUAAUGGCAAAAGUGGAUAUAGACUAAAACCAGAAUUCAUGAGAAGACCAGACAAGCAUUUUGAUCCAUUUAGUGAAGGUAUUGUAGACGGAAUAGUAGCAAACACGUUGUCUGUGAAGAUCAUUUCCGGACAGCUUCUUUCUGACAAAAAAGUUGGAACUUACGUAGAAGUGGAUAUGUUUGGUCUUCCUGUGGACACAAGGCGGAAAGCUCUUAAGACUAAGACCUCUCAAGGAAAUGCAGUGAAUCCUGUCUGGGAAGAAGAGGCCAUUGUAUUUAAGAAGGUUGUUUUGCCUUCUCUGGCCUGCUUGAGAAUAGCAGCCUAUGAAGAAGGAGGAAAAUUCAUUGGUCAUCGAAUAUUGCCAGUAUCAGCUAUUCGACCAGGCUAUCACUAUAUUUGCCUAAGGAAUGAAAGGAAUCAGCCGUUGAUUUUGCCAGCCUUAUUCGUAUACAUAGAGGUUAAAGACUAUGUGCCUGAUACAUAUGCAGAUGUCAUUGAAGCCUUGUCCAACCCAAUCAGAUAUGUGAACUUGAUGGAGCAGAGAGCAAUACAGCUGGCAGCAUUGACUCUGGAGGAUGAAGAAGAAGUAAAGAAAGAGGCAGAACAGGGAGACACUCCUUCAGAAGCUCAUAAUGAACCUAAGCCUGCACCAGCUGAAAAUGGAGUAAACCACGCCGCUUCCCUUACACCUAAACCAUCAACUCAGGUUGUUCCCAGCCAACCAACACCAGGUUCUGUGAAAGUGCCAGCGAAAACAGAAGAUCUUGUUCAGAGUGUUCUGACUGAGGUUGAAGCACAAACUAUUGAAGAACUAAAACAACAAAAAGCAUUUGUAAAACUCCAGAAGAAGCAUUACAAAGAAAUGAAGGAUCUUGUGAAGAAACACCACAAGAAAACCACAGAUCUUAUAAAAGAACAUACAGCAAAGUACAAUGAAAUCCAAAAUGAUUACCUGAGACGGAGGGCAGUCUUGGAGAAAACAGCAAAAAGAGACAGUAAGAAAAAAGGUGAAACUGGCAGCCCGGAUCACAGCUCUUCAACAGUUGAACAAGAGUUGACCACUCUUGAUUCAGAAAUGACUCAAAAGUUAAUAGAGCUGAAAGAAAAGCAACAGCAGCAACUACUUAAUCUUCGUCAAGAACAGUAUUAUAGUGAAAAAUACCAGAAGCAAGCACAUAUUAAAUUGCUCAUUCAAAAGUUGACAGAUGUAGCAGAGGAAUGCCAGAAUAAUCAGUUGAAGAAACUUAAAGAAAUGUGUGAAAGAGAAAAGAAAGAGUUAAAGAAAAAGAUGGACAAAAAGAGACAAGAGAAAAUCACAGAAGCCAAAUCAAAGGAUAGGAGUCAAGUAGAUGAGGAGAAGACAGAAAUGAUUCGGUCAUAUAUUCAGGAGGUGGUGCAAUACAUUAAAAGGUUAGAAGAUGCUCAGAGCAAAAGGCAGGAAAGGCUUGUGGAAAAACACAAGGAGAUCCGUCAGCAAAUAGUGGAUGAAAAGCCCAAGUUGCAGGCUGAACUCGAUCAAGAAUAUCAAGACAAAUUCAAAAGACUCCCACUGGAAAUUCUGGAAUUUGUACAAGAAGCAAUGAAAGGCAAAAUUAGUGAAGAUGGCGACCACAGCUCUACCACUUCUUCCCUCACAUCCGAUGGUGGAAAACUGAACCAUAAACCACUACAAAAUGAGGAACUGGAGGAUAAUCCAGGAAAAGUGUUUGAUACCCCUCUCUAACCACUCCUACAAGACCCAUUCCUAAAUUACUGUGGCAGAGAAUGUCACCAUUGUGCUCCCUGGAUUCUCUUCUCUUUGUGAAUAGUCAUUGGACGCCUCACAUCUGGAAGACUUCUGUUGGGAUGGCUCACAUUUCCAAAACAAGUGGUCAGUGAGGACUCUAUAUGUUGUCUGUAACCCUUCUUUGUUUAUUAGCUGAAGAAAAUAGCUGAAUUGGCCAGUGCAGCCCUUUCUGUGGCCACAUUUAUUAGGAUGGUUUUCCAUUUGGGUGCAGUUGGAGCUUCCUCCGGGACCAGAACAUGUUGUGCAGAUACAAAUGCACAGAUCUUCUUGUGAAGCAGCAAUGGGAAGAAUAAAUAAUUUAUCCACACACAACCAUCAUAACAUCCUUAACUUAAUGUUUCCUCCUCCCUGCACCCUGGAAACAUCUACCAUCUUAAUUGCACUGAUUUUUAAAUAUGUGGUUCUUUAUUUUUCUUUGUUUUGCAAGCAUCAGCAGCUUGCUUUGUUGACAAUGUACCAGAGAAUGAAUCUGCUUUGAGAUGUUCUACUGAAACUGUGGUAAUGAACCUAAGUUCCCAAACUGAAAUCUCUUCAAAAAGUAUAUAUAUUUUAUUUUUUUCAUCAUUCACAUUAGGGAUGGGACGUCUAUUUGAAAACUGUCAGAAGAAUGAGUUUGUCAAAUUUGGGGAAAAUCCUGAUGAGGACAGUCCUAUUUAUGGGAUAAUCUUUGCAGUUCAAGACUUUAUUUGCAUGAAAAUGUGUAUGUAUGUGUGUGUUUUAUGCAGUAAAAACGUUUUUGUGCAGAAAACAUUUUGUGCAGAAAACAUUUUUGUGUAAAAAUACAGAAUUUUCUGCAUAACACAAGUUCUCUUUGAAGAAAACAAGCUUCCUGCAGAGCAAAUACGAUUUUCUUUAGAAAGAAAGCAUAUCCUUCAAAUAGAAUAUGGUGUUCUUUGCAAGAAAAAUGUCUCACAAUGCAGAAAAGUCAAGAUUUUAUUUUAAACUAGAUAACCCCUGAAUUGCAAAUAGUCUUCUAAAAAUUACAAUUUUCAAUGUUUUUCUUGUAGCAAGAAGAAACAUUGAAUGUUAUAUAUUCUUGCUUCAAGAAUGAAAUUUAUGAGGAUAUACAUCCGCAUAAUUCAUACAGAUGUAAACAAAUCUAUAAAAACAUAGCCCCCUCUGUAGAAAUAGAGCAUGGGCAUCCUUGCUGGGCUUUCCUUCAUGGUGAAAUGGAAAGAUUGAGGGAUAUGGACUAAUACAGUGACAACAAAUUAGAGUCACUAUAAAGCAAUUUUUAAUCUGUAAACUUUAAUUAAAAAGACAUUGUUUUCAGUUAUCAUUUCUGGGUACAUCAUGUGAUCCAAUUAUUUUAAAAUGCUUACCAACUAUAAUAUUGACACAAAGACAUCUCUUCCAUAGUUGUUUUAUUAAUAUUAUUUUUUUAUUGUGGUAUGCAUGUGGGAGAUGUCAUCUCCAAAAUGUAUAUAAAACAGACAUUUCAGAGCUGGAAUCUUUGUGAAAAUAAAAGGAAAUACUGAAGCAAAAGGACGUGGAGGGUGAAGACUUGAGUUCUAAUCCUGAAAUUUAUUUAUAUGGAAAGAUUAUAGCCCCUCUGAACUUAAUAGAUUUAUGUGGUGGAUAACACUGAAACACUAAAAAAUUCUGAGUAAAUACUUUAAUAUGUAAUAGCAUAUAUGUAGUUAGCUUUCCCUCAGGAGUUCAGCAAAAUAACUUAUUUUAUUUAAAUGUAAGCAAUAAUAGAGAUCAAACUUCAAGUUAAGUGAUAUGUGUACAUAAGAAAAUUAAAACUUUGGCUAAGCAGUAUUUUUUUGUUCUUAAUAUGCAGCACGCACGAAGAAAAGUUCCACAAUAUUUGAAGAGUACAUAAACAACAUGCACUCUGCUUACAAUGUGUGGAGUAAUUAAAGGGUGUAACUAAGACUUUUGUUUUGAUUUUAAGAGUAUGACGCCUGUCAUUUAUUCUACUUUUUGCACUUUGAAGAUCAAUAUUAUUAAUCAUUAAAUAAAAAACCUGGAAGGGUCAAUGUUUAAUGCUGCAUUUUAUAAGAUAAAGGUUCAAUAAAUUUGUUUUAAGUUAGAUGGAAUACAAUAAUAGCAGUAUUCAUGAAAAUUAUGAGACUAUUUCUCUGAUGUGUGCUUGUAUAGUACAGCUACAAAUAGGUUAGGAGAAAUUCUAAGGAGCUUUUUAAUUUGAGAAGUACAAGUGAAUGGUUGACAGAGUCUAUUAGCAGUUGUGGUUGGUUUUCAGUACAUAUGUAUUUGAUCAUUGACUGUACUUACUUUUUUAAUAUCUGUACAGUGCCCCUUUUUGCAGUUGUAGUUUAGUGUGUAAUAAUGUAUAUCUUGCCUUGUUCAAACUUACAGUGAUACUAUCAUUUACCAUUAAUAUUACUUGAAAUAAAGUAAGAUAAUGAAAAUAAAGGAGUCUAUGAUGUGAGAGUCGUGUGCCUUUUAUGUAUUUGCCUUGUUGCGUGUUGAACGUAUGGAAGUAAUAUACUGUGGACAUUUUGGCUUUAGAGAAUAGAACUACAUCGUAUUCCAUCAAAUUCCAUUGUACACUUCAGAUAGCUUCACAAUACCAAGGAUCAUUUCUUUUAUUAGCUUAUGAUGAAUUUUAGCUCAUGGACACCAAACAUUUCAACCUAACAUGGUUGCAAGGGACUCUAACAGAACUAAAGAGAUAUAUGUCUUGCCUUCCUUUGAAAAUUAAUGUUGCUCUUGUACAUUGGUAUAAACACGUGUAUGUGCUGGCUGAUUGGAAAAAGUGAUAUGCUUUAAUUAGGGGAAAACUUCUCAUCAGUCAUCUAUAUAAUUUUCUUUCACAACCUUUUAGAUGCAUAAGUCACUUUUUUUGUACAAAUCCUAUGCAAUUUUGUGGCAUGUUGUUUCUUCCACUUGUAAUUUAUGUGCUUUCAUCACAGAUUCAAAUAAAAUUUCUAAAUGCUG